AAUAUACGAAUUGUCGGAUAUUCCCUCGCUGUUUUCCACGACUUCCCUUUUGUCUUUUUGUCUAUAUUCUAAUCUUCAGGAUCCAUUCGGAUUUCGAAAUGCAUCUGUACAAAAAAGUUCGACAUGAUUGCGUAUAUACCCUCUUUCUUAUUCUGAUUCUUCUGAUUCUUCUCAAUCUUUGCAUUUUUCAUCGUUCAAGGCCACGCUUGUGGGCUUGCUAUGGGUCCGACGGCAUCUUGAGAUCGGACGAAAUGGAAUGGACUUGAUGGAAAUGGCAUUUUUUUGGCUCGUAGCCAGU